AUGCCUCAAUGCAGCUCUCGCGCCUCCUGUUCGGCCUCAGCUGGCUGCUGCUGCCCGUAGCCCUCGCCGGCACCGCGUGGCUGUACCUGUACCCGCUGUUCCACGGCUGCGCGUUCCCCGCGCCCUCGGCCACCUCGCUCCCGCUGCUCGCCGCCCGCGCCCCCUUCCGCCUGCUCGCCCUCGGCGACCCGCAGCUCGAGGGCGACUCGUCGCUGCCCGACCCCUCCGCGCCCGUGUUCCCCUCGCUGCAGCACGUCGCUCAGGACCUGCGCAAUGCCCGCUACGACCCGCCCGACGUCCGCGACAUCCUGCUUGCGGCUGCGCAUGGCGCGCUGGGCGACGCCGCCGCCUGGCUCGAGGGGUGUCGCAAGGCCGUCGAUCUGUGGGGCAACGACUGGUACCUCGCGCACAUCGUGCGCAGUCUGCGCUGGUGGACGGAGCCCACGCACGUCGCGGUGCUGGGGGACCUGCUGGGCAGCCAGUGGGUGUCGGACGGCGAGUUUGAGCGGCGCGCGGGCCGCUACUGGGGGACGGUGAUGCGCGGGCUGCAGCGCGUGCCGGACGCGGUCAUGGGCGUGCAGCCCGCGAGCGACCACUACGACGACCCGGGGUACGAGCACAAGCCGACGUGGGGCGGGUCGACGGAGGUGCUGGGCGCAGACCCGGCGUGGGCUCAGCGCGUGAUCAAUAUCGCGGGAAACCACGACAUCGGGUACGCGGGCGACAUCGACGCGGCGCGGGUGUCGCGCUUCGAGCGCGCGUUCGGCGCCGUGAACUGGGACCUGUGGCUCACGCUGAACACCACGGACAACUCGACCGCGCCCCCGCCGGCCCUCCGCCUCAUCGUCCUCAACACCAUGAACCUCGACACGCCCGCCCUCACCCCCGCGCUCCAGGACGACACGUACGCCUUCCUCAACCACCUGAUCGCCUCCUCGCAGCCCACGACCUCGCGCUCCCACGCCUCCAUCCUGCUAACCCACAUCCCGCUGCACAAGCGCGCGGGCCUGUGCGCCGACGCGCCGUUCUUUGAUUUCUUCGAGUCUGGGCUCGGCGGCGGCGUGCGCGAGCAGAACAUGCUGUCUGAGCACGGCAGCCGCAUCGUGCUGGAGAGCGUGUUCGGGCUGAGCGCGAGCGUGGACGCGGAGGGGCGCGGGCUGGGGCGCGCCGGCGUGGUUCUCAACGGGCAUGACCACGAGGGGUGUGAUGUGCUGCACUGGACGGCGCAGCCGGGGGCGGUGUGUGAGCCCUUGCACGAUAAUGUGCCGCUGGACGGCACAGGUACAGAUGCGCUGCCGGCGUCCGUCGCCAACGGCACCGCCUCAACCGACACUACACAAGAAGAAAGAGAAGACGGCUGGCGCGCCCGCCUCUUCGCCUCUCCCCCCUCGCCCGCAGAAACCGCCUGCCCCACCCCGCAGCUCCGCGAAAUCACACUGCGCAGCAUGAUGGGCGAAUUCGGCGGCCACGCGGGCUUCCUGUCCGCAUGGUGGGCGCCCGACAAGGGCGAGGCGGGCGAGUGGGUGCUCGAGUUUGCGAGCUGCGGCGCGGGCGUGCAGCACUGGUGGUGGGGUGUGCAUGCGGUGGAUCUCGUGGUCGUGGUGGGGGUGUUGCUGGGGUGGGUGGCGAGGGGGUGGGAGGUGUUGCGCGGCGGGAAGACUGCGAUCAAGAGUGGCAAGGAGGAGGGCAAGGUGGUCGGGGAGGAUGCGGCUGUGAGGGAGAAGAGCAGGGUGGUGCAUUUGCAGGUCAAGCCGGGGGCGAAGCGUAUGGCAGAGACGCAGCGCGCGUAGACUGUUGUUAUUGCACUUGUACUAUACGAUACACAGCGACUGGAGUUUAGAUUGGAACGCAUGGGGACAUGAUAGACACACGAAUACGCAGAGAACAUACACACGAA